AUGUUAACAAGAAUAUACAACAUUAAGAAGGCUUGUGGGGACGCUAAGUCUAAGCCAGCUUUUCUUUCGGAUAAGACGUUAGAGUCUUCAAUAAAACACAUUGUGAGAAGAUUUCCUAACAUUGACGUGAAGGGACUGCAAGCCAUAACAAAUAUUAGAAAUGAAAUUAUAAAAUCUCUGUCUUUGUAUUACUAUACCUUCGUAGAUCUUCUUGACUUCAAAGAUAAUGUGUGUGAACUUUUGAACAUUAUGGAUGCUUGCCAACUUACAUUAGACUUGACUCUCAACUUUGAAUUGACAAAAAAUUAUUUGGAUUUAGUAACAACUUAUAUAUCUUUGAUGGUUUUACUUUCGAGAGUGGAAGAUAGAAAAGCUGUUUUGGGGUUGUUUAAUGCUGCGCACGAAAUGGUCCAUAAUCAAAUUGACCAGAGCUUCCCACGCCUUGGACAAUUGAUUGUGGACUAUGAUGCUCCAUUAAAAAAACUUUCAGAAGAAUUCUUACCACAUCAAAAAGUGUUAAUGAAUGCUUUGAACUCAUUGUGGCAUGUAUAUCCGGCGAGAAAUCUAACAGCUGAACAUUGGCGAUCAGAACAGAAAUUGAGCUUGGUUAGCAACCCAGCUUUACUUCUAAAACCAUCUGAAACAAAUACAAUGUCAUGUGAAUAUCUGUCCUUAGAAUCUUUGGAAAGGUGGAUUAUAUUUGGGUUUGCUAUUUGCCAUCAAAUGCUACAACAAGAACAUGCAAAUAAAAUGUGGGUUAGUGCAUUGGAGUCAGGAUGGGUUUUAGCUCUGUUUAGAGAUGAAGUGAUUUAUAUCCAUUCAUAUAUUCAAAGCUUUUUUGAUGGCAUUAAAGGAUAUGGCAAGAGAAUAUCAGAAGUAAAAGACUGUUAUCAUCAUGCAGUCCAAAGAGCAGGAUAUAAGCAUAGGGAAAGGAGAAAGUUUUUAAGGACUGCUUUAAAAGAAUUGGGACUAAUUUUGACUGACCAACCAGGGCUUUUGGGACCCAAAGCUUUACUAAUUUUUAUAGGAUUGUGUUAUUCGAGAGAUGAAGUGUUCUGGCUAUUACGCCAUAAUGAUAACCCACCACAAAAAGUCAAAGGUAAAGUAACAGAAGAUUUGGUUGAUCGUCAAUUACCUGAGUUAUUAUUUCACAUGGAAGAACUGAGAGCAUUAGUGCGCAAGUACAGUCAAGUUAUGCAAAGGUACUAUGUGCAAUAUCUAUCUGGCUUUGAUGCUGUCGCUUUGAAUCUUAUGAUGCAGAAUUUGCAAGUUUGUCCAGAGGAUGAAAGUGUCAUACUUUCUUCUCUAUGUAACACUGCAGCAAGUUUAAAUGUGAAACAAGUUGAGGACAAUGAGCUCUUUGAUUUCCGUGCUUUCCGUCUUGACUGGUUUAGAUUACAAGCAUACACAUCAGUUGCUAAAACCCCCCUCAAUCUUGUAGAUCAAAGAGAAUUAGCACAGUUCAUUGACAAAAUGGUUUUUCACACUAAAAUGGUUGACAACCUUGAUGAGAUUAUGGUGGAAACAUCAGAUUUGUCUUUGUUUUGCUUUUAUAACAAGAUAUUUGAAAGCCAAUUUCAUAUGUGCUUGGAAUUUCCAGCACAAAAUCGAUACAUUAUUGCAUUCCCCUUAAUUUGCAGUCAUUUCCAAAAUUGUACUCAUGAACUUUGUCCUGAAGAAAGACACCAUAUAAGAGAAAGAAGUCUUUCUGUGGUUAAUAUUUUCUUAGAUGAAAUGGCUAAAGAAGCUAAGAAUAUAAUUACUACAAUCUGUGAUGAACAAUGCACAAUGAGCGAUAAACUGCUACCAAAACAUUGUGCUCAAACUAUCGCUCAAUUGGCAAAUCGCAAGAAAAAAGACAAAAACAAGAAAAACCCUAUAGAAAUCGUCAAACCAGGUGCAGAGAGUUACAGAAAAACGAGGGAGGAGUUGACUACCAUGGACAAAUUACACAUGGCUUUAACAGAGCUUUGUUUUGCUAUUAAUUACUGUUCUAAAGUAAAUGUUUGGGAAUACACAUUUGCACCACGAGAAUAUUUGCACCAGCACUUAGAAACCAGAUUCUCCAAAGCAUUAGUGGGCAUGGUAAUGUUUAAUCAAGAUACAAGUGAAAUUGCAAAACCUUCUGAGUUGUUAGUUAGUGUUAGGGCAUAUAUGAAUGUGCUACAAACAGUUGAAAAUUAUGUGCACAUCGAUAUAACCAGAGUUUUUAAUAAUUGCCUAUUACAACAAACACAGAAUAUGGAUAGUCAUGGAGAAAAAACUAUCGCAUCAUUGUACACACAGUGGUAUUCUGAAAUUUUACUUCGGAGAGUAAGUGCUGGUAGCAUUUGUUUUUCAAUGAACCAGAAAGCAUUUGUUAGUCUUUCAGCAGAAGGUGCAAUUCCAUUUAAUGCUGAGGAGUACUCUGAUAUAAAUGAACUCAGAUCAUUGGCUGAGCUUAUUGGACCUUAUGGUAUGAAGUUGUUGAGCGAAACCCUUAUGUGGCACAUUGCUAGCCAGGUUCAAGAGCUGAAAAAGUUGGUUGUACAAAACAAAGAAGUUCUUCAAAUGUUAAGAACAAAUUUCGAUAAGCCAGAUAUUAUGAGAGAACAAUUUAAAAGACUGCAACAUGUAGACAAUGUGCUACAAAGGAUGACCAUUAUUGGUGUUAUUCUAAGCUUCCGUCAAAUUGCACAAGAGUCAUUACUUGAUGUUCUAGAGCGCCGAAUACCAUUCUUAAUAAGUUCCAUCAAGGACUUCCAGCAGCAGUUGCCUAGUGGAGAUCCAAUGAGAGUUAUAUCGGAGAUGUGUUCUGCUGCUGGUUUAUCUUGUAAAGUCGAUCCAACACUGGCUACAGCAUUGAGGCAACACAAAGCCGAGCUAGAGGAAGAAGAGCACCUGAUUGUGUGUCUGUUAAUGGUGUUUGUGGCAGUUUCUCUCCCAAGACUUGCUCGAAGCGAAGGUUCCUUUUACAGACCUUCAUUGGAAGGACAUGCAAAUAACAUUCAUUGUAUGGCACCAGCUAUAAACCACAUAUUUGGUGCUUUAUUUACCAUUUGCGGACAAGGGGAUAUAGAAGACAGGAUGAAGGAAUUUUUGGCUCUUGCAUCCUCUUCCCUGUUACGUCUCGGACAGGAGACUGAUAAAGAAGCUAUAAGGAACCGAGAGUCAGUUUAUUUGUUACUUGAUCUUAUAGUUCAAGAGUCGCCAUUCCUUACCAUGGAUUUACUUGAAUCCUGCUUCCCAUAUGUAUUAAUACGUAAUGCUUAUCAUGAAGUGUAUAAACAAGAACAAAUGCUAUUGCAUACUUAG